CGAAGGAGGAGGAGGAGGGGAGGAAGGAAGGAAGAUGGCGUCGGACUUGGAGACGGAGGUUCAGGGCAUUGACAGGAGUUUGCUGGCAUGUUCCGCGGAGGAGACGGCCCUGAAAUGGCUGCAAACUUCUGACCUUCCCAAAGAAAUAUACACACAUCUAGCCUGUUAUGUUCCCAAAAUUUACUGCAGGGGUCCUAACCCAGCCCCACAAAGAGAAGAUAUGCUUACACAACAUGUUCUGUUAGGUCCGAUGGAAUGGUACCUUUGUGGUGAAGAUCCUACAUUUGGGUUUCAGAAACUUGAACAGUCAAACAAACCUUCACAUCUUUGUGGCCGGGUUUUUAAAGUUGGAGAGCCUACAUACUCUUGCAGAGAUUGUGCGGUUGACCCAACAUGUGUGUUAUGCAUGGAGUGUUUUCUGGGAAGUAUUCAUAGAGAACAUCGGUACAGGAUGACAACAUCUGGUGGAGGAGGUUUUUGUGAUUGUGGUGAUACUGAAGCUUGGAAGGAAGGUCCUUACUGCCAAAAACAUGAACAUAACACUUCGGAGACAACAGAAGAAGAGGAUCCUCUUGUGCACAUGUCAGAAGAUAUGAUAGCAAAAGUUUAUAAUAUUUUUGCUAUCAUGUUUCAAUAUGCUGUAGAUAUACUAACAUGGGAAAAAGAAAAUGAAUUGCCACCAGGAUUAGAGACUGUUGAGAAGAGCGAUACCUACUACUGCAUGCUUUUUAAUGAUGAAGUUCACACGUAUGAACAAGUUAUUUAUACUCUUCAAAAAGCUGUAAAUUGUACUCAAAAGGAGGCCAUUGCUUUUGCCACAACUGUGGACCGAGAUGGACGCAGGUCUGUUCGCUAUGGUGACUUUCAGUACUGUGAUCAGGCCAAAUCAGUGAUAGUGAGAAAUACCAGUCGCCAGACUAAGCCACUGAAGGUUCAAGUCAUGCAUUCAUCUAUUGUUGCCCAUCAAAGCUUUGGUUUGAAGCUUCUAACUUGGCUCAGCAAUAUUAUCGGAUAUUCAGAUGGUCUUCGAAGAAUAUUGUGUCAAGUUGGCUUACAGGAAGGACCAGAGGGAGAAAAUUCUUCUCUUGUGGAUAAGCUAAUGCUGUCUGAUUCUAAACUCUGGAAAGGAGCCAGAAGUGUGUAUCAUCAACUAUUUAUGAGCAGCCUCCUUAUGGAUUUGAAAUACAAGAAACUUUUUGCCAUCCGUUUUGCAAGAAAUUAUGAGCAAUUGCAGAAUGAUUAUGUGAAAGAUGACCACGACAGAGAGUACUCAAUUGCUGACCUCUCGGUACAGAUAUUCACAGUGCCUUCACUUGCUCGAAUGUUAAUAGUAGAAGAGAACCUUAUGACUACUAUCAUCUCAACUUUUAUGGACCACUUGCGACAUCAAGAUGUACAGGGCAGGUUUCAAUUUGAACGCCAUACUGCGCUCCAGGCUUUCAAAUUCAAACGAGUUCAAAGUUUGAUUUGGGAUUUAAAGUAUGUGUUAAUAAGCAAACCAGUUGACUGGUCAGAUGAUCUGAGGCAAAAAUUUCUUGACGGCUUUGAUGUCUUUUUGGAAUUGCUUAAGUGUAUGCAGGAAAUGGAUCCAAUUACCCGCCAAGUUGGACAGCAUAUUGAAAUGGAGCCAGAGUGGGAAGCAGCAUUCACAUUACAGAUGAGAUUAACACAUGUCAUCUCAAUGAUGCAGGACUGGUGUGCUUUAGAUGAAAAAGUUCUAAUUGAAGCAUAUAAAAAAUGCUUGUCUGCAUUAAUGCAAUGCCACAGUGGUUUUACUGAUGGAAAGCAGCCUAUUGUUCUCAGCAUUUGUGGACACUCGGUUGAGACUAUCCGGUAUUGUGUUUCUCAAGAAAAAGUUAGCAUUCAUCUUCCAGUUUCUCGUUUACUUGCAGGUUUGCAUGUGCUUCUAAGCAAAAGUGAAGUGGCAUACAAGUUUCCAGAACAUCUACCUUUGAGUGAACUUAGCCCACCUAUGCUAAUAGAGCAUCCCAUUCGAUGCCUAGUUCUGUGUGCCCAAGUACAUGCAGGGAUGUGGCGAAGAAAUGGGUUCUCCCUUGUUAACCAAAUAUACUACUAUCACAACGUGAAAUGCAGAAAAGAGAUGUUUGACAAAGAUAUAGUAAUGCUUCAGACAGGUGCAUCCAUGAUGGAUCCAAAUCACUUCCUGAUGAUAAUGUUGAGUCGUUUUGAACUUUACCAGAUAUUUAGUACUCCAGAUUAUGGCAAAAGAUUUAGUUCUGAGAAUUCCAACAAGGAUGCUCUUCAGCAGAAUAAUACACUGAUUGAAGAAAUGUUGAACCUAAUUAUAAUAAUUGUUGGAGAGAGAUUUGUUCCUGGCGUGGGUCAGAUUGGUGCUACAGAUGAAAUAAAGCGAGAAAUUAUUCAUCAGUUGAGCAUCAGACCCAUGGCUCACAGUGAAUUAGUAAAAGCAUUGCCAGAAGAUGAGAACAAGGAAACUGGAAUGGAAAGUGUGAUUGAAGCAGUGGCCUGUUUCAAGAAACCAGGAUUAACAGGCAGAGGACUGUAUGAGCUGAAACCUGAUUGUGCUAAAGAUUUCAAUUUAUAUUUUUAUCAUUUUUCAAGAGCAGAGCAAUCUAAGGCAGAGGAAGCUCAAAGGAAACUAAGACGACAAAGUCGGCAAGAUACAGCUCUCCCACCUCCUGUUCUUCCUCCCUUCUGCCCUCUAUUUGAAAGCCUGACCAAUAUUCUACAGUGUGAUGUCAUGUUGUACAUCAUGAAGACAAUACUUCAGUGGGCAGUAGAACACAAUGGCUGUGCCUGGUCAGAGUCCAUGCUGCAAAGGGUUUUUCACUUGAUUGGAAUGGCACUACAAGAAGAAAAACAGGAUAUCGAAAAUGCUAAUGAAGAUAAUGUGGUUACAUUUACCUUCAGCCAGAAGAUCUCAAAGCCUGUUGAGGCACCUAGCAGUUCUCCUAGUAUCUUAGCUAUGCUGGAAACUUUGCAAAAUGCACCCCAUCUAGAAGUUCACAAAGACAUGAUCAGAUGGAUAUUAAAGACUUUUAAUGCUGUUAAGAAGCUAAGAGAGAGGUCUUCUACAAGUCCUAUAUCAGAAGCUGAGGGAAAUAUUAUAGAAGAGAGUUCGCGAGAUAAAGAAAAAGCUGAGAGAAAGCGAAAAGCUGAGAUAGCCAGGCUGCGAAGAGAGAAGAUCAUGGCCCAGAUGUCAGAGAUGCAGCGACAUUUCAUCGAUGAGAACAAAGAGCUCUUCCAACAGACUUUAGAUGAACUUGAAACUUCUACCUCUAGAGUAUAUGAUAACAAUCCUUCAGUUUCAGAUACCAGGCUUAUAGCUUUGGGCCCUGAGCAGACGAAAGUGACUGAGCAGAGGCAAGUGGUUACCUGUAUUUUGUGUCAAGAAGAACAGGAGGUUAAAGUGGACAACAGAGCGAUGGUUCUUGCAGCAUUUGUUCAAAGAUCAACAGUCUUGUCUAAAAAUAGAAGCAAAGUUAUUCCAGAUCCAGAAAAAUACGAUCCAUUGUUCAUGCAUCCAGACUUGUCAUGUGGAACACAUACUGGUAGCUGUGGACAUAUUAUGCACGCCCAUUGCUGGCAAAGGUACUUUGAUGCCGUGCAAGCAAAAGAGCAAAGACGACAGCAGAGAUUACGAGUCCACACAAGUUAUGAUGUAGAGAAUGGUGAAUUUCUUUGUCCUCUUUGUGAAUGUUUAAGCAACACUGUCAUCCCUCUGCUUCCUCCUCCAAGGAGAUUAUUUAACAGGUUAGAUUUUUCAAGUCAACAAAAUCUAGCUUGGUGGCUAAGAAUAGUAUCUCAGCAAGUCAAAGCACUGUGUAUACUUCAAGAUCAGGAAAAUACCAGUAACCCCUCCUGCAGUAAUUCAGAAAAAAUGGAUGAACUGCAGCUGCCUGAAGGGUUCAGACCAGAGUUCCUACCAAAGAAUCCAUAUUCUGAAAGCAUUAAAGAAAUGCUGAAAACAUUUGGCACUGCAACAUAUAAAGUGGGCCUAAAGGUCCAUCCCAAUGAAGAAGAUCCUCGUGUACCAAUAAUGUGCUGGGGCAGUUGUGCAUAUACAGUACAAACAAUGGAACGAAUGCUAGGGGAUGAAGAUAAACCAUUAUUUGGUCACUUACCUUGUCGACAGGAUGACUGCCUUACUUCAUUGACCAGAUUUGCAGCAGCACACUGGACAGUUUCUUCACUUUCGGCAGUACAGGGUCACUUUUGUAUGCUUUUCUCAUCACUGGUGCCUAAUGAAAAAAAUGGAAAUCUUCCAUGCAUUCUUGAUAUCGACAUGUUUCAUUUAUUGGUAUGCCUGGUGCUGUCCUUCCCUGCUGUACACUGUCAGGACUUUUCAGGUGUUAGUCUUCGUACUGGAGAUAUUAAUAUCUUCCACCUUGUCACUAUGGCACAUAUUAUACAAAUCAUACUUACCUCAUCCACAGAAGAAAAUGGCAUGGACCAAGAAAACCCUUCUGGGGAAGAAGAAGCUUUGCUUGCUUUGUAUAAAUGUAUUGGCCAGUAUGCUGGAAGUGCCUUGAAAGAAAUUUCCUCUGAAUGGCAUCUGUGGAGAAAUAUAAAAACUGGGAUGAUGCCCUUUCUGAGGUGCUCUGCUAUGUUCUUCCACUAUUUAAAUGGAGUUCCAGUACCACCAGAGUUACAAGUAAGUGGUGGAAACCAGUUUGAACACCUGUGUAGCUAUCUCUCCUUGCCAAACAACCUCAUUUGCCUUUUUCAAGAAAACAGUAAAGUUACAAAUACAUUAGUAGAAAGCUGGUGUAAUAAUGAUGAAGUUAAAAGAUACCUACAAGGUCAGAGACAAGCCAUAAGUUACCCUCGUGAAUCUAACAAAUUAAUAGACCUUCCUGAUGACUACAGCUGCCUCAUUAACCAAGCAUCUAAUUUUUCGUGUCCAAAGUCAGGUGGUGAUAAAAGCAGAGCACCAACAUUGUGCCUUGUGUGUGGGACCAUGCUUUGUUCUCAGAGUUAUUGCUGUCAGACAGAGUUAGAAGGAGAGGAUGUGGGAGCUUGUACUGCACAUACAUAUACCUGUGGCUCUGGAGUAGGAAUUUUUCUCAGAGUACGGGAGUGUCAAGUGCUAUUCCUAGCUGGGAAAACAAAGGGCUGUUUCUACGCUCCUCCUUAUCUUGAUGACUAUGGAGAGACAGAUCAGGGUCUCAGACGUGGGAAUCCUUUACAUCUGUGCAGAGAACGAUUUAAAAAGAUACAGAAACUCUGGCAGCAGCACAGUAUUACAGAGGAAAUAGGACAUGCACAAGAAGCAAAUCAAACAUUAGUAGGCAUCGACUGGCAGCAUUUAUAACUGGUUAUUUUCUGAAGACUGGAACUUUAUGAGUAUUCUUUUGUAAUCCAGCAAAAUUUAUCAAAAAGGAGGAGGAAUGAGGAAGAAGGAUUGAAAUAAAGAGAAGAUUCUAGUUCUUUUAUUAACUUUUCCAUGUUUGUUUUGUAAAUUUCCUGUUCCCAUAAACCAUCUAAACCUCUUUCUGUGUAGCAGAUUUGAUCAAUAGUAUUAUUUGCCCAGUGCUUCCUUCAAACAAUACCUAUUGAUUUCUAUAACUUGGGCUGAAUUUACAUUUCUUGUACAAAAGGGGCUGCCAUCUUGGAGUCUGGCUGAAUUUCUUUUAUAGCUAAGACAGGAGGAAAAAACCUGCUAAAGUGGCAUCUAGAUCGAGCACAAUGUUGAAGUGAUAUGUUUGCCCUUUUGUAAUAAUCUGAGCCAUUUUGCAUUUUAGUACAUAAAACUGUUCUAUACUGGUAAUGGAGUAAAAUAAAGGUGCAAAAAAUGUAGCAAUGGAUUUAUCUAGGAGUGUAUAUGAACACUCAUUGUAUCUAAAAUUACUUUGGAAUCCGCAAUGGUGCAAAACUAUUUUGCCUUUGUAUUUCUUCUUACUUAAAGAGCAAAUGCUAACUUAAUGAGGAAGAUUAAUUUAAAGAUCUUUUCAAAGUUUUGAGCUCCUUAGACAUAGUGUGUGGAUUGUGGUAUUAACAUAGUGGGCAAACCCCUCUUUUGUUUUCUAUGCUGUGAUUGGUAGUCUUUGAUGUUUAAAAGGCUGACAUUUUACUUAGAUGAGAUACUGUAAAGAGAUCAUCCAUUAUUAGAGGAACUUGAACUGAUGUCAAAUUGAAGAGGCUGAGAAUGGGAGAUUUUUUUGUGUUCCAUCUUUUAAAUUUCAGCAUCCAUUUUCCUUUUUUUUACAGUUCUCAAUAUAAAAACAUAGAAAGCAAAGUGAAAGCCAUGGAUCCUCUUUUUUGUAUUUGCAAAGUUCCAGUUGUACAGUUUUUCACCUAUAAUUUUUCUUCAGUUGCACCAUCAACUACAUAAAGUUGCACUUGACUGACAUUCUGUAAAGAAGUUUGUCUAUAGUAUAUUUUUAAGUAUGUUGAAAUAACUACAUGGAUUUUGCACUUGGCACAUGGGUGCCUGAAGGCAGUGAAUUUUCUAGGUAUAUACAGGGCAUCCAAGAAAACUAUAAAACGUCAUAUUGUAGUUUUUGGAGAAUUUUCAUACCCUCCAUCCCUCCUAAAUAUUCAUUUUUUUAAAAAGCACCCAACAAAUUACUACUUUGUCUUUUUUGCAUAAUUGUAAUCUUCAUUAAUUCUAAUCUAUCUUUCUUUUGGGUUUCAUCUUUAGUACGGACAAGCCAUUUCUUGAAUAUCAAACACAUGUGCAUUUGUAAAUUUGGGUUUUUACAAAUUUAACACAUCCAAUAGUGUUCACAGCAGUUUCCUACUGAUUCAGAAUAGAUAUAAUUAAUACAUCAGACACAAAUAUAAAAGUAGACCAGUUUGGCUUCCUUAUCUUAGGGCAAUUUUUGGGCAAGACUUGCUUGUCUGUCUUCCUACAUGCAUUAGUAAUGCUUGAACCUCUUUUUUUUUUGCUCUUGUGAUGGUGUAAUUGGCAGGGAAAAUAUUCACUUUUCAUUUUCUUUUCUUUGAUUAGGUUGUACAGACUAUUUGUGGUGCAUGUUAUCCUUAAUAUAGUUGUGCUCCAACACCAGUUUUUGGGAGGAUUUUGAGGCUGUGCGCUACAUUUUUAUUUUCCUGUGGGUUUCAUAGAUAUUUCAAACAUAGCAAAAUAGGAUCUGCUGCCAUUACACUGAGUUUCUCUGUAAAUUAAAAUCUAUUGAGAGAAAUAAGGCAUCCAUCCCCCCCAGGUACUAGUCUAAGAUGGAGGCCAAAAUGGGUCGAUAGAACUAUAAUUAUAACAUAGGAACAUACAUAAUUUACCUUGGUUUUCUGUAAGAUUGCUCAUUUUUCAACAACUCAUUUUCUUCUGACUUUUUUUUGCAUGUAUUUAUGUUCAUUGUAGAAAUGUUUAUAUAACAAGCUUUCAGUAUCAGGGAAUUUACCUGCAUUGGCUAUAACUUUCAUAUCUGUGGACAACUUGUAAAAAUUGAAAUGUAUCAUAUGUAUAAAAAUAUAAGAAUAAAUGCUUUAGGUGUUGACAUUCAA